AUGUUUUUGACACUUCCCAUCUCUCUUUCUCUCUUUAUCAUCAGCCAGAUUUGCCAUGCUGUACCACUCAUCACCCCUCGUGGUCCAGUCACGGCAUGUCCUUCACACAGGCUAUAUGGAUCCGAGCGAACUUGUAUACCAUACGUGGAAAAGAAAGACAUCGCCGGUAUCAGCUUUAACCUCUACACCUGGACCGUUCUAGACUCCCCGAACACUCCUGCUGGGGACAGCUCGUAUCUUGCCCCACUCGUCAAGGCGGCCGAGGACGUCUUGCCUUUCUAUGCAACGCUCAUGAAAUCUAAGAUGAAGACUAUCAAUGCAUUUCUUACAGAAGAGUUCGAAUACAGUGGGAUCACAGAUUUUUUAUCAAUGGAUCCGGACAUCUGCAGCGUCCGAGUGGGGAACAGGCUACCUCUCGACAAUGGAUCGAUCCAAAAGACACUCGCCCACGAAUUGUACCACUGUGUUCAAAGAACAUUUGAACCAAUCAAACCGUUCACGGAAUCGGAAUGGUGGAGCGAAGGAUUGGCCGAGUACUUUGGCAAUGUCUUCUUUCCAGGAACCAACGGCGGACAUAUGCCAUCGUAUAAUCCAAGAGCGCAGCUUUGGAGGAACACCUAUGGCGCCAGUGUGUUCUUCCAACAUUUGUCUGGUACCGUUUCCGAUGUGGACAUCCACAAUUGGGGCAUCGUCCAGCCAGAUCUCAGUUCAUGGCAAGACUUAGAGGCCAGCGUAUCUCGAGACAACUUCAUUAUCAAUGCGUUUCCAAGCUUCGCAGCACAGUUUGCGGACGGGAAAAUCACGUACAAGAAUAAGCAAACGGUCGUCGCCAAGAUACCUACCUCGAGAUAUCUCGACAAUAUCCCUCCCAAGCCUGGUGUCUACACAAGGAAUACGAGAUUGGGCUCCUUUGCCGUUCUGGAGAAGUUGGAGUUGACGUUGCCAAAAAACCGCAAGAUUUCCUUCAGGUUCGACACGCAGGACAGUCAGACCGUGCUACAGUACCGCAAGGCGAGCGAGCAGAAUUGGAGCACUGCGAAGAAGGGAGUAGAGACUCUCCUCGAGCAAGGCACUUGCGAGUACGUCUUCCUUGCAACUUCCACAUCACACGACAAUUUCAACCAAGCUUUCAAUUUGCCGAUUACGUUCACAGUGAAGAAAGUAUCGAAGAAGCAUAAGCAUAAGCGUGACGACGUGGGGAACGCUAUCCUCGCUGGAAUCCAGAGCGGAGGAAUCGCCCAAAACAGCUCAGUGACCUCAGUUACCCCAGUCACCACAGCCACCAUAUUCACCACGCUCACUAUAGUUACCACAGCCACUACAGUUACCACAGUCACUGCAGUUGCCACAGCCGCCACAGCCACCUCAGCCGAUCAAGUCACCCCAAUCACCCCAGUUACCCCAACUACCCCAGCUACCCCAGACCCGUCAGUCGUUCCAGAUAUACAGGGCGCAGCAGAAGGCGCAAAUGAACAAUGGCAGACCAUCUUCAUAGACGAUAGCGAGCCAUAUGAGGACGAUCAAGAGGGGAGCAGCUGCGAGAACCAAUGUCUCAUUGGAAAUUGGCAUCUCGACGUACCCAGCAUGCAAAGUUUCCUAGCGCAGAAGAUCCCCGCAUCGGUUGCCGCACAAGCCCCAGUAACGAUCACGAAUCUCGCCGUGACGGGCUCGUCAACCUUCAGCGUAACAUCGAGCUUGGCUAGCUCAUGGAUUAUUGACCAUCUCGACAUCUCUUACGAUGCCACUGCUGACGACUUGGCCUUCCACGCUCUGAUGGAUAUCACCGGCUCAUUGGACGGAAAGGUAAAGCUGAGUGGAGAUGAUAUGUUCUCCUGGGAGAACAUUCAGUCAACAGGAGCAAUCAAAACGACGACCACCGUUUUUGGCAUACCUCUUGAACUAGAUAUUCCAUUGAGUCAGCAGUACGGAGCAAGUACACAGGUACAAUAUAUCUGCGAGGGCGAUACAUUGCAGAUGGCUGGGUAUGUCGAUGGGGGAUAUCAAUGGGGAUACACUUGGUCAAGAGAUGUCAUCGUGUGA